AGGUUUAAAAUAUAGCUUCAGAGAGCUGGAUUAUUGCAAACGUACGAGUUUUCUUAGACGGAUGAAAGGUGUAGGGAAGGUUAACGGAUCGACAAUGUUGCGAGAUGCACAUGCAGUUGUUCAGUUCGAACUCCGGAACAGCAGGUGGCGCUGCGCGCCCUUUCAGUAGCGUAGACGCCUGUUCCGAAGGCAGUCGGCCGAAGAAGAAGAGCAGCACCGUUGCUGUCACUCGCUCCAGUGCGGAAGUUUUUGCCGCGGGUCUCUCUAUUAUUUAUUAUGGAAGCAGCGGGACGCCGCUCACUGCUUGCGCUCGCAGCCGCACCGUAGCGACGUGCUCUGCGGACCUACUGUACCUAUAUAGGGUCAUAUCGUAUGUGAAAGGCGUUUUAUGUCCUCAUACAGUAAGUAAGUAAGUAAGAGAACCAAUCAGUUGCUGUCCCUGGGCGACGUUGCGUUGGCGGAGAGUCGCGAGCGGGCAGGAAGACGAGAUCAGCUAUGGUGGGAAAGUGAAAGAGGCUCCACGUUUUCGACAUGGAUUCGUGUUUGGAUUUCGGGGAAUGUGUGAAGGACUCGCCUGCGUUCAGGCUCAGCUUGGACCAGUGUGAAGCUGAGGUGUCUGAGCUGGAGAGUCGUGUGGAGAAGGUGAUGAAGCUGUGUAGUCGUAUGGUGGAGGCAGGACAAGCAUACAAUGCAGCCAACCAGCUUUUUUUGACCGGACUGAUGGACUUCUCUGCUUAUCACCGUAAGGACAGGGGUAUCAUGAACUGCUUGCAUCAGUUCAGCGAAGGGCUGCAGGAGAUGAUCCACUUCCAUGCUAUGCUACUUGAUCAGACACAAAGAGCCAUCAAUCAACAGUUGACAAAUCUUCUUACACAGUUUUUGCCUCAACUGAAAGACUCAAGGAGGGAGUUCUUGCGCAUUGGAGAGGACCUGGAGGCUGUAGUGGUGAAAAAUGCUCAGGUCUCUCGCCACAAAAUAGUUGAUGCAGAGCAGGCUAGCCAUUUGCUGCUUGCCACGCGUAAAUGCUACCAGCACUUUGGCCUCGAUUACUGCCUACAGCUAAAUAACUUCAAGUCUCAACAGAAGCUUGAUAUCUUAAACUCUAUCUUUUCCUACUUCCACGCCCAGUACACCUUCUUCCACCAGGGCUAUGACCUGCUCCGAGAUCUGGAGCCCACCAUGAAGACUAUGGCAACUCAGCUUUCUCAACUUGCUACAGAUUGUACAGCUAAAAGGAAAGAAAUGGAGAAUACACAUCUGUUGGUCCAACAGAGAGUGAGCACCUCACUGAGUGAUAUCUCAGGAGAACUUAUGGCUACAGGCCCUCACAAUAAUACAGUAUCUAUUGAAGGCUACCUCUUCAAGCGCUCUCGUAAGAAAAACAAAAUUUGGAAACGAUGUUGGUUCUCCAUAGAAAACAGCAAGCUGGUGUACAAAAAAUCACAUAAGGAGGAGUUUCAGAGCCUGUUUGACGAUCUCAGACUGUGUGCUGUGAAGUCUGUUGACAACACUGAGCGUCGCUUCUGCUUUGAGAUUGUCUCUGUUCAAAAGAGCUGUUCCCUUCAGGCGGACUCAGAGGAACUGCGGGAGGCCUGGGUCACUGCUGUACAGGGGAGCAUUGACAUGGCUUACCGCCAAAGGGUUGAGUCUCAACAGCUCAUGUCUGCAGCGAGCCCUCCACUUGUCCCAAGAACCCCAGUUACACCUUCUGCCCUUGGAGUUGCCCUGCAGGGUUCGGGGAACCAGCAUUGCUGUGACUGUGGGGCUGAGGAACCACGUUGGGCCAGUCUCAACCUUGGCAUCACCAUGUGCAUUGAGUGCUCUGGCAUUCACAGGAGUCUUGGAGUUCAUCUCUCUAAAGUGCGAUCCCUCACUCUGGACUCCUGGGACCCAGAGCAACUAAAGCUGCUUUGUGUUUUGGGCAAUGAUGUCAUUAACACAAUCUAUGAAGCGCAAGUGUCGGAGAAGGGGAGACUGAAGCCCAGUCCAGACAGUCAGCGCCAGGAGAAGCAGACGUGGAUAAGAGAAAAAUACGUGGAAAAGAAGUUUGUGAAAGAAGCCAUAACAACGUGUUUGGGAGAUGGAGACUCACAAGGUGCUCAGGAAGAGAGAGAACGUGUUGGACGAAGAUUGUACCAGGCUGCUCAGCAGGGAGACCUUGUCUCCAUGGCAACUGCACUUGCUCAGGGAGCAGAGGUGAACUGGAGUAAUGCAGAGGAUGAGGGUCGGACGCCUCUUAUUGCUGCCACCUGUGGGGGCUCCCUGCUUGCCUGCCACUUUCUUCUGCAGAAUGGAGCCAAUGUGAACCAACGUGACCAGCGAGGACAAGGUGCUCUGCAUGCUGCGGCCACCAGGGGGCACACUGGGCAGGUGUGUUUACUUUUGAAAAGAGGAGCCAAUCAAUACUCUGCUGAUGAGAGAGGCCAGGAUCCUCUCAGCAUUGCUGUGGAGACAGCCCAUGCUGACAUUGUGACACUGCUGAGAAUGGCACGCAUGAAUGAAGAGAUGAAAGACUCAGAUGGGCUUUGUGGAAAUAUUGGUGAUGACGAAACUUUCCAGGACAUCUUCCGUGACUUCAGCAACAUGGCAUCACAUGAUCCAGAAAGGUUGUCCCGACGACAGUUCAGCAGAGAGCAACGUGAUGGGGGAUCUGAAGACCUCUGCUAGAUUAACAUGGGGGGAAAACUAGAGAGACUCUGGCCCAAAGAGAUCAUGGUGUGUUUGUGGAACAAGCCACAGCAUUUCAUCAGGAAUGGAUGGCAACGGCAGAACUUCUCAGCAGAGUUGAAGAAUGCUUCUGAUUAGGACAGAGGAGAGAUGUUUUUUCUGCUUCACACCUAAGUAUGUGCAUGAGACAUGGUCAUACAUAUAGGUUCAAAGGUAAAUACCACUGAUUGUGAAUACAUCACAAGUUAAUUUACUGUGUGUAAGUAAAUUGAAAACAUUUUGGAGUAUGUGAUUAAUUCAAAAUUAACUUUGUAUGCCUAAUAUUUUAGGUUCUUUGGAAUGUAAAUGUUGCAAUAUUCACCUGUUUAGGUAUACAUUUUACAGGAUCUUUGAGUACUAUGCAAUUUUUAUUGACAUAAUGUAAAAAUACUACAUGUAUAACUACUGUACGCUUACCAAGUGGGUAGCAGUCAUUUGUUUUCUAGUAUUUAGUUAGAGCAUACUAAGCAAAUUUAUUCAUUCAUUCAGUGGAGUGCUUCCCACCAUGUAACCACCAAGCCUAGUCCAUAAAUGAUCCUUGAAAUUGUCAUUAUGAUAGUUACGUAAAUCUUGCACAGUUAAGUGACACAGUGAGUGCCCUGACUGAAGUAUUUUUGAUGGUUACCACAUUUCAUUUUAUGUGUCUUUUUGCUCUCAGCAUGUUUUUGUGAUGAUAAAGAUGGUGGUAAAUUUGGAAGAGCUACCUUUAGCUAUCAUCGUCUGCAUUUUGGUUACAUUGUUCAUUACCAUUUAUUAUUACACACCAAUUUGCUGCUUUUAAUGUUGUUAAAUUAUUUUAGGGUCCAUAAAUGCAUUUUAUAAAAUUUUAUCUUGGUAAUUCAUGGCACUUUUUGUCAUUUAAUACAGUUCAUCCUUGCGUGACUGGAUUAAUGGGGGGAUAGGGUCUGGUGAUGCAGCUGACAUGUUAAUAAAUGUAUCGUGAUUUUUAGUCAUUUUUCUCAUGGUUAUAAUGUUUUAAACAAAAUUAAAAUGUUUAACAAAACAGCAUAGUAGAAGAAA